AUGGCCGACACCGACCCGCCCAAGGACGACCAGGACACCAAGUUAGACGAGCAUAAGGAGGAGCAAGCUCCGCAUCCCGCAGAGUCCGAGGACGAUCAGCCAGCCGAGGAGGAUGCGCCCGCCCAGGCAGAUGCAGAGCCUGCAGAGCCUGCAGAGCCCGCAGAGUCCGUCGAGCCCGCAGAGUCCGCCGAGCCCGCGCAAGCUCCCGAGGAAAUAGAGAAGGAGGACGAGGAGAAAGAGCUCGAGGUAACAGAACCCGUGGCCUCCACGGAGCCAUCUGCGCCGGUCCCGGAGACUGUUGAAGAUGGCCCUCAUGAGAACGAGCCCCAAUCGCCACGGACAGGGCAACCAGCUCCCCCGAGAAUUUCGUUACCGGAGGGCUCGAGCGAACAUGGCGACCAGCAAGACCGACCACCGACCACCUCGUCCGACCACACCGUGCCGCCGUCGCCAUCCGCCCGCCUGCGCACCGAUUCCCAGUCGACUGCAGCCACCACCGCGACCGCCAGAACAACUACACGCAGCUCGCUCGUCUUCGUAGUGACGGCGCUGGAGACUAUUGCCGCGUCGAAGGAUGCGCGGAAGACCAAGAAGUUGGCCGACACAACUCAGAAGGCACUGUCGGCCAUCAAGGGCGAUGGCGAUCCAUCCAGCAUCGACCCCGAGGUCUUGUUCGAGCCUUUACAGUUGGCGACAGAGGCAAACACGAUCCAGGUGGUCACGACUGCCCUCGACUGUAUCGGCAAGCUCAUUAGCUACUCCUACUUUUCCUAUCCCUCCGAACAGCCCGCCGGCACCCCGGAACAGCCUGCCCUCAUCGACCGCGCCAUCGACACGAUAUGCGACUGUUUCCAGUUGGAUGCCACUCACGCCGACAUCGAGUUGCAGAUUCUCAAAUCUCUGCUGUCCGCGAUAUUAAACGACAAGAUUGUCGUGCACGGAGCCGGUCUUCUAAAGGCUGUCAGACAAACCUACAAUGUCUUCCUGCACUCGAAAUCGAGCAAUAAUCAGCAAGUUGCCCAGGGCGCCUUGACUCAAAUGGUUGGGACGGUCUUCGAGAGGGUUAAGUCGAGAUUACGCGUAAAGGAAGCAAGGAUCAACCUGUCCAAGUCAUCCCUGCACAAGAAUAGUUCUGGCGAUGUGUCCCCGGAGGGCGGCGACAUAGGAGGCGUAGACGCUAAUGGGGACGAUGCUGAGACGUCGGAGAAUGCUUCGGACCUGCCCGUGGAGAAGGAUGAGGGUGCCAAGAUAACUCUUCAGAGCUUCGAAAAUCGCAAGAGUUUCGACGACGCAAGGAUUGCGGAUAACGCACCCACGCUCGUCACGAGGAACAAACCCCGCCGUACUCCCUCCCGUGCAAACACUCUCCAAUCUAACGAUGGCCAAGAGAGCACAGACCCCACCGAAGAGGAGGAGGAAGACGAGAUCUACGUCAAGGAUGCGUACCUUGUCUUCCGUGCCAUGUGCCGCCUCAGCACGAAAUCCGUUCCUCUCGAAGAGGCUCAGAAUGUCCGGUCUCAGAGCAUGAGGUCGAAAUUGCUGUCACUUCACAUCAUCCACACCAUUCUCCACAAUAACGUUGCUGUCUUUGUUUCCCCUUACGCCACGAUCAGAAGCAGCAACACUGCCGAGCCAACGACCUUUGUCCAGGCCAUUAAGCAAUACCUCUGUCUCAGCUUGAGCCGAAAUGGAGCUAGCUCAUUGAAGCAGGUUUUCGAAAUCAGCUGUGAAAUUUUCUGGCUCAUGCUGCAUCAGCUGCGGGUCAUGCUCAAGAAAGAGAUCGAGGUGUUCAUGAAGGAAAUCUAUUUGGCAGUUCUGGAGAAGCGUAGCGCGCCCACCUUCCAGAAGCAGUACAUCCUCCAAAUCCUCCACCGACUAGGGGGCGAUCCUAGAGCACUGGUCGAGAUAUAUCUUAAUUAUGACUGCGACAGGAGCGCACUCGACAAUCACUUCCAGAAGAUCGUGGAGCACCUGGCAAGGAUAUGCAGCACACCGGUUGCAAUCACCCCACAACAACAAUUGGCAUAUCAGGAACAUCACGCAAAGCAUCAAGCAGCUAGCCCGACAGAUUGGCAGACCCGUGCGAUGCUCCCACCCUCGCUCGCGACGAAUUCACUUCCAGCUGGAAACGAGAUCGAUCAAGGCUUCCCGCCCGAGUAUUCACUGAAGCAAGAGUCGCUCGAAGCUUUGGUCGAGAUUCUCCGGUCGCUGGUCAACUGGUCUCAGCAGAGUCUUUCUGAUGCUGCUGCAACGUUGCGUGUGAACGAUGGAAGACCAUCACACGAGGACCUCCGAGAGUCUAUGGAUACUCGGGCCAAUCUUACAGCCUCUCCAGCGCUAGACUCCCCCAAUGGCCCGGGUACCCCAGCGCCGGAGGAUGACCCCAGCCAACUAGAGAAGGCAAAGCAACGCAAGACUGCGUUGAACCACGCCAUCCGCCAAUUCAACUACAAGCCGAAGAAGGGAAUGAAGCUCCUGCUCCAGGAAGGUUUCAUACCUUCAGAUUCUCCUGAGGAAAUCGGCAGGUUCCUGUUGUCCAACGAGCAGAUACACAAGAACGCGCUCGGUGAAUUCCUUGGAGAGGGUGACGAGGAAAACGUCAAGAUCAUGCAUGCCUUCGUUGAUCUGAUGGAUUUCGCAAAGACACGCUUCGUUGAUGCUCUACGACGGUUCCUUCAGAGCUUCCGACUUCCGGGAGAGGCGCAAAAGAUCGAUCGCUUCAUGCUCAAGUUUGCUGAAAGAUACAUGACUGGCAAUCCGACCGCCUUUGCGAAUGCUGACACUGCUUACGUUCUCGCCUACUCGGUCAUCAUGCUGAACACUGAUCAGCACAGCAGCAAGAUGAAAGGCCCUCGUAUGACUCCCGAAGACUUCAUCAAGAACAACAGAGGAAUCAACGAUAAUGCCGAUUUGCCGGAUGAGUACCUCAAGGGUAUUUAUGACGAGAUCGCGAGUAACGAGAUCGUUCUUGACACCGAGCGCGAGACAGCAGCAAAUCUUGGCCAGCUGCCCCAACCCAACCAGGGCGGCGGACUUGGGAACAUUGGACAGGCCUUCGCCAAUGUUGGCAGAGACUUGCAGAGGGAAGCUUACAUUCAGGCCUCCGAGCAGAUGGCCAACAGGACUGAACAGCUCUAUAAGAGCUUGCUGAGGGCACAACGACGAGGUCCGACUCGGUUCCCUGUGUCCAAAUUCAUCCCCGCUUCUUCAUUCAGGCAUGCCGGACCUAUGUUUGAAGUGACUUGGAUGCCGUUCCUCACUGCCCUUUCUGGUCCCGCUCAGGAUACCCACAACCUCGAGACUAUCAAGCUCUGCAUGGAAGGCCAGAAGCUGGCAAUCCGCAUUUCUUGCCUUUUCGACCUUGAGGACCCUCGCCAAGCCUUUGUGACAUCUUUGUCCCGAUUCACCAACCUGUACAACCUGACCGAGAUGAAGGCCAAGAAUAUCGAGGCCUUGUACGCACUCUUGGAAGUGGCCCAGCACGAAGGCAACCUUCUCAAGGAGUCUUGGAGAGAGAUUCUCACGUGCAUCAGCCAACUGGAUCGGUUCCAGCUGAUCUCUGCAGGAAUUGAGGAUACUGCCGUACCUGAUCUGAUGCGCAGUAACUCCGCAUCCUCCAGGACUUCGACAGCACCGUCGAGAAAGUCUCUCCAGGCUCCCAACAAGAGUCGACCGAGGUCAGGGACUGCGGCUCUGUAUCACUCGGAGGCAGCCGUCGAGAGUCGCUCGGCAGACAUGGUUCGAGCAGUGGACAGGAUCUUUACCAAUACUGCCAAUCUGUCCGGCGAAGCCAUCGUGCAGUUUGUCAGGGCGCUGACGCAAGUCAGCUGGCAGGAAAUCCAGUCAUCAGGACAAAGCGAAUCGCCACGCACCUACAGUCUCCAGAAACUUGUUGAGAUUUCAAGCUACAACAUGAAUCGUGUACGUUUUGAGUGGACCAACAUCUGGCAAAUUUUGGGAGAACACUUCAACCAGGUCGGCUGCCACACCAACACCAACGUUGUCUUCUUUGCUUUGAACUCCCUGCGUCAGCUCUCAAUGAAGUUCCUGGAGAUUGGAGAGUUGCCUGGUUUCAAGUUUCAGAAGGACUUCCUCAAGCCGUUUGAACACAUCAUGAAGAAUACGGGCGUCGUGCCUGUCAAGGACAUGGUCCUCAGAUGUCUGAUUCAAAUGAUCCAAGCAAGAGGAGAAAACAUCAGAAGUGGUUGGAGAACUAUGUUUGGCGUCUUCACAGUCGCUGCAAAGGAGCCAUAUGAGGGCAUUGUCAAUCUUGCGUUCGACAACAUCACACAGAUCUAUAACACUAGAUUUGGUGUUGUCAUCUCGCAGGGCGCAUUUGCCGAUUUGAUUGUCUGCUUGACUGAGUUCUCCAAGAACCACAAGUUCCAGAGGAAAUCACUACAGGCAAUCGAGACUCUCAAGUCCACAGUUCCCAAAAUGCUCAGGACACCCGAAUGCCCCUUGUCUAUCGGCUCAGACAAACCAAAGGAUGAGCCCCAGGCCACCGGCGUACCGAAACAGCCUACUCGCCAGACGCAAGAAGAACAAUUCUGGUUCCCCGUACUGUUCGCUUACCAUGAUGUUUUGAUGACUGGUGAAGACUUGGAAGUCCGAUCUCGGGCUCUGACCUACCUCUUCGACACGCUACAGCAAUACGGCGCUGCUUUCCCUCGCGAUUUCUGGGACACCCUAUGGCGCCAAAUCCUCUAUCCCAUCUUCAUGGUCCUCAGGUCAAAGUCCGAAAUGUCGAAUGCACUCAACCACGAAGAACUCACUGUCUGGCUGUCGACGACCUUUAUCCAGGCCCUCAGGCACAUGAUUGCCCUUUUCACACACUUCUUUGGGGCUCUCGAGUACAUGCUCGAUCGCUUCCUCGAGCUUUUGGCUCUUUGCAUUUGUCAAGAGAAUGAUACCCUUGCCAGAAUUGGCAGCAACUGUCUGCAGCAGCUCGUUCAUCAGAACGUCACAAAGUUCAGUGAAGGACACUGGGAGAAGAUCGUGAGCGCUUUUGUCGAUCUCUUCCAUCGGACUGAAGCCACUGCCCUGUUCUCCGCCGCUACGGCCGGAUCAUAUACCCCGACGAUCAACGGAUCAAAGUCAUCGAGGGCAAUGUCUGAUACCGCAAGUAUGUCCGACUUGCCUUUAGAUUCGGACGAUAGAAGUGACGUCGAGGACCCCAAUGCCCUGGGCAUCAACGGUCUCAUGAGCCCCCGGCGCGGUUCAGCAGCUGUCUCGGAUGACGGCACCAACGGUUCCCCCCGUACAGACCUCGAAGAUUACAAGCCUCUGGAUGCGAUCCAACAAGCGCCGGUCGUCGUGACGGCGGCCCGCCGCCGCUUCUUCAACCAGAUCAUCACCAAAUGCGUGCUCCAGCUCCUGAUGAUCGAGACGGUGAACGAGCUCUUCUCCAACGACGACGUGUACGCGCAGAUACCGUCCCCGCAGCUGCUGCGGCUGAUGACGCUGCUGAAGAAGUCGUACCAGUUCGCGAAGCGCUUCAACGAGGACCGCGAGCUGCGCACGAAGCUGUUCCGCGAAGGCUUCAUGAAGCAGCCGCCGAACCUGCUCAAGCAGGAGAGCGGCUCGGCCGCCGUGUACGUGUCGAUCCUGUUCCGCAUGUACCACGACACGAGCAGCGAGCGCCGGCUCAACCGCGCCAACACGGAGCAGGCGCUCAUCCCGCUGUGCGUCGACAUCGUCUCCAGCUACAUCCACCUCGACGAGGAGACGCAGCAGCGCAACAUCGUCACCUGGCGCCCCGUCGUCAUCGACGUGCUCGACGGCUACGCCGGCUUCCCCGAGCAGGACUUCGACAAGCACGUCCGCGUCUUCGCCCCGCUCGUCGUCGGCCUCAUGAACAGGGAGAUGGGGCUCGAGCUGCAGCGGAGCGUGCAGGGGCUGCUGCAGCGCAUCUUGGAGGUCAAGGUCGGGAUCGAGACGGGCGGGCUGGUCGUCGAGCGGGGCAGUCCGAUGGGCGAGAGGAGGCCGAGCGUGUUUGGGAGGAGGGGGAGCAAGGCGUCGGUGAACAAGUAG